UGUUGCGAAACUGAAGUAAUUUGUCUGUGAUAAUUGAUAACUUUGUGAAAUAUUAGGUGUUUAAUUGUAAAUAUUUGGUGUUUAAUUGCAUUUCUCAAUUAUCAGUGCCAAUUGUAUUGUUUAUAUAAAUCAAACAAGUGUGCUAACAGACUGAAAAUUUGUGGAUACAAUUAUUUGAACAAACUUCAAAAUGUCGCUAUUUGGAGGCAAUCAAUUAUCAACUUCUUUAACUACUACAACACCUGGUUUUACAAACCCAGCGACUACUCUAAGCUUUGGCGCAACAACAAAUUUUUCUUUUCCUGCUGCUACGACAGCUGCAUCCACGGCUCCCACCGGAUUUGGUGCUACGACAAAGACAACAACGGCUUCGGUAGGUUUGGGAGGUGUAGAUCCCCAAGCAUCUAGUCUACCACGAAAAUUAGAUCCCAGUAAGCCUGAAGAGAGUAUUAUUCGAGAAAAUCUUUUGCCUAAUGAGAUAUCUAGUACUGUUGAAUCAUUUAAACAAUUUGUUCGUGACCAGCGAACAUUAAGUGCCGAUAUAUCUCGUGGAAAUAUAGAACCAGUACAAAAGGUUCGAGAUGAAAUUGACAGUUUAAGAGGUAUUUUAGCAUCAAUGUCUUUUGAUUUACAAAAAAAUGCUGUUAACAGUAGUAGUUUGAAAGCUGACAUGAAAAAAGCUUUAAUGCAUGCCGAGAUGGCUCAAAAAACACAUGAAGUGCCUGCAGGCUUACAAUAUGAAAAUACAGAGCCCCUAGCUUAUUUUAUGGAACUAGUACAAUUUUAUGAAAAAGAAUUAGUGAAAUUUAGAGAAAAGAUUGAACUUACAAACAAGCACUUACAUAGUUUAGUUCAACCAAAACGAGUCGGAGAACAAGAUUUAGUGCAAGGCAUGAAACAAAUUCAUGAAACAUUAAUAACAUUAGCGGGGCGUUUACAAAAUACCCAUCAUGAAGUGCAAACCCAGAAGCAAAUGUAUUUACAAUUAAGAAGAGUUAUGUUAGAUGAUACCACAGAUGUUUUUGCUGCAAGACCUGCUUCAAUUUCAAAUCAUCCUGUACCAAAAAAUGGUGUGGGUCCAAGUCCAUUUGUGCCAGGUGGUUUUCUCGGAUCAAAUAUAUUCAAUAAUACUAGUGUACAACAGAACAAAAGCGCACAAACUCUACCUGCAUUAGGAACAGGAUCAUUCUCAAAUUCUUUAGCACCAGCACCAAAUGUGAGUUUUGGUCUCAAUACAACUGAUACUUUUAAUUUGCAAAGACCACCAGUAGGCAACAAAAGAGGAAAACAUUAGAUGAAUAAAUGC